CUGAACAAGUUUCUGAACCAUUCUCACACGAGCUUCCACAGCCAUGGCCGCUUCUCUUCAGCUACCCAUGGCUUCUUCCAUUCCGUCUUCGUCUUCGCCAUCCACAACGCGCCCAAUCUUCAAGACCCACUGCUCCAUGAAGCCCACAUGCUCCGCCAAAAUCCCAAUGCCUCCUAUCAACCCUAAGGACCCCUUUCUCUCCAAGCUCGCUUCGGUGGCUGCGACUUCCCCCGAGAGGCUUCUUCAGCGCCCUUCGGGUUCCGAUUCUCUUCCCUUUCUUGACCUCUUCGACUCUCCCAAGCUCAUGGCCACGCCCGCCCAGGUGGAAAGAUCUGUCUCGUACAAUGAGCACAGGCCAAGGAGGCCUCCACCGGACUUGCCUUCCCUGCUUCUCCAUGGGAGAAUAGUUUACAUUGGCAUGCCAUUGGUGCCAGCUGUCACAGAGCUUGUCAUUGCAGAAUUAAUGUACCUGCAGUGGAUGGAUCCCAAAGAACCAGUAUAUGUUUAUAUUAAUUGUACUGGAACCACUCGUGAUGAUGGUGAAAGGGUCGGGAUGGAGACUGAGGGUUUUGCUAUCUAUGAUGCAAUGAUGCAGUUAAAAAAUGAGAUACAUACAGUUGCCGUUGGAGCUGCUAUAGGCCAGGCUUGUCUUCUGCUUGCUGCAGGAACCAAGGGUAAACGGUUUAUGAUGCCGCAUGCCAAAGCCAUGAUUCAACAACCUCGUGUUCCAUCAUCUGGAUUAAUGCCAGCUAGUGAUGUGCUUAUCCGUGCAAAAGAGGUCAUAACAAACAGGGACACACUUGUGAAACUCCUGGCUAAGCACACUGGAAAUUCGGAAGAGACUGUAUCUACUGUGAUGAGAAGACCAUAUUAUAUGGAUUCUACAAAAGCCAAAGAGUUUGGUGUCAUUGACAAGAUUCUUUGGCGCGGUCAAGAAAAGAUAAUGGCAGAUGUUCUCUCACCUGAGGAAUGGGACAAGAAUGCUGGCAUUCAAGUUGUUGAUGGUAUAUAAGUUUCCAAAUAGUCAUCUGGGGAAAGCUGAAUAUGACGGUCAUUUUUUCCGAUACUAUGACAGAGGGUCGAAGUUCAGUCAUUUGAAGAGCAACAGGAUAUCCUACAGACAGUUAGAACAUGCAGGAGCAAGAAAGGUACCUGUCAUAAUUGAGGAUUCUCAGUGGACCUUACAGCUUGAAUUCAUUGAAGAUUGGCAAUCUUCUUAUCACAAACAAUAUAAUUUAGGGAUGCAGAAACAGGUCAUGUGGUUAUUGGAAUUGAAUUUUGUUCAGAAAGCCCUGUUAUAGAAAACUGGAGUCUAGAAGGAACACUCUUGAUUGGUAUAAUGGAUUUCAUGUUUCACAUCAUCUAUGACUAACCCAAAAGAAUUUUCGUUCUCAAGUA